GUUGUCCAGGGGGAGGGGCGGGAACGCGGGCCGGGGCCCUCGAGCGCCCCUGGAAUCGAUUGCGGUUGCGCGGGCCGGAAGCGUUGAUUGGUUCUGUUUGUUACUUAGAUAUGGCUGUGGCUGUGGCGGGGGCGGACCGUGAGAUCCCAGUGGGAAGGCGAAGGAGGGACGGCCGGGCCCGGGAGCCCGGCAGGGGCCCUGCCCUGUGCUGACUGAGAGCGUGGCCAGGAUUGGGUCCGGGGCUGGGGCCGGAAUCGGGCCUGGGUCUGUGCCGGCCGGACCGGCCAUGGGGGAUCCCGGUGACGGCGGCGGCGGCGGCGACUGCGGCCGGGCCUGGUGCCUGCGGCGGGUGGGGAUGAGCGCCGAGUGGCUGCUGCUUGAGGAUCGCCGCGAGGUGACAGUUGGUCGAGGAUUCGGUGUCACAUACCAGCUGCUUUCUAAAAUUUGUCCAUUGAUGAUUUCCCGAAACCACUGUGUUUUCAAGCAGAAUGCCGAGGGCCAGUGGACAAUGAUGGACAACAAGAGUCUGAAUGGGGUUUGGCUGAACAAGCAACGCCUGGAACCUCUAAAGGCCUAUCCUAUCCAGGAGGGAGACCGAAUCCAGCUUGGAGUUCCACUAGAAAAUAAGGAGAAUGCAGAAUACGAAUAUGAAGUAGUAGAGGAAGACUGGGAAAAAAUCCACUUAUGUCUUGCCCUGAGGAACGAUAGGCCAGUAGUUAAGUGCUCAAGAACCAAAAGGAAAUGUAGUUUAGAGGAGUUGGAUAGCCCUGGAGCAGAGGGCUCUUCAGACUCCAGAACCAAAGUAAAUAAAGUGUCCCAUGACUACGAGCAGUCAGGGAAAUCCUGUGGAAGAGCCGAAAUGGCCCAACAGGCCCCUCAAAACAUGGACCAAAAGUUGGCUUCUCCUGGACCAAGUGGGGAGAGAGCAGCGGAGGAUGACCUUCAUACUAUUUCAGAAAAAGCAGUAGUGCCGCCCAGCGAGGAGCACAAAGGCCCAAGCUUGUCACAGUCUCAAAGCAGCUUGGACAUGCUUAAGAAGACGCUGGCCAAGAUCCUCAAGCUGAAGGUGAAGGUUCAGGAGAAGCAGGUGGCUGUUCUGAGUAUAAAGAAGCAGUGCCACAAGAGGGCCCAGAAGGAUGUUGUGAAGUUGGAGGAGGAGCUGCAGGAGUUACAGGACCAGCUGCUUACAGAGCAGGUCCAGCAGCAGCAGAGAGUGGAACAGCUAGAGAAAAAUUUCCAGGAGAAGGAGCCGCACUUAGAGGGUUUGGAAAAACAGCAUGGGGAAAAGGACCUGAAGGAGCAGCUGGCACAGGCCCUGCAGGAGCAUCACAUUCUAAUGGAAGAGUUAAGUCGGAGCAAGAAGGACUUUGAAGCAAUCAUUCAAGCCAAGAAUAAAGAGCUGGAACUGACCAAGGAAGAAAAAGAGAAAGUGAGAGCGCAGAAGGAAGAGGUUCUAAACCAGAUGAAUGAUGUGCUAGAAAAUGAGCUUCAAUGCAUCAUUUGCUCAGAACACUUCAUUGAGGCUGUUACCUUGAACUGUGCCCACAGUUUUUGUUCCUUCUGUAUCAGUGAGUGGAUGAAGCGAAAAAUGGAAUGUCCCAUCUGUCGACAAGAUAUUGAAUCUAAAACUCGCUCCCUAGUACUGGACAACUGCAUCAGCAAGAUGGUUGACAAACUGAGCUCUGAAAUGAAAGAACGACGAGAAAUUCUCAUUAGUGAAAGAAGAGCAAAGAGCCUAUCCGAGGACCAAGCUUCCUGCGAUAAGUGUGACUAAGAUACAAGGAGACUUUGACCUGGAUCUGGAGGGACAUUUUUCAGAAGUAGCUCAUUCCUGCCUUUGGGACAGAGACCCGGUCGUGAUACACCGAACUCCUGCCUCUAUCACUGUCUGCAUUAUUAUUUGUGUACCAGAGCGGCUCUCCAGUUUUGGAUAUUGUUUCUACUUGUCACUUUGUGGAAGAUGCUUUAUCAGAAGUGCUUCAUCACAUCAGAUGGGGUUUUGGGGGCUGUGGAUUAUUUUCUUUCCAUUUUAUCGUUAAAGCAUCCACAUUGACUUUUUGAGGAAGCUAUGAAUUACCCAACUGCCCUGGGGUGACUAAGGUGCCUUGCAGCAGGAGGAAGACAGGUAUACCUCUCUUAAGUGGACUUAAACGUCCCCUCCCAAACAAGAUGUCAUUUCCUAGUAAUAAAAUGUAUAGGCUGCUCAGCUGGGCUUUGGAGUGUUUACCUUCCUUCCUUUUAGCUCCAAGCAGACGCUGGCAGUUCAUUGACUGCAGCUGUAUGUAGGAGCAGACGAUGCCCCACCAGUCAGGGAGGCCGAGUCAGAUCUCAUGGCCAAGGCCUCACACAAUCAUGUUUUCCUUUUUGCUCCAAUAUGUGGUAACUGGACCUCUUGUUCUACCCUGCUGCAGUCCUGUUGAGGGCGUUGUCUUCCUUCAGCUGUAUAGCUGGAGCUGCCAACACAUUUUACCAAAUGUCAUAGAGAUGUGAUCUACUUCUUAAGAACUGUGUGUGUAUAUAUACGUAUAUGUAUUUAAUUAAAACUUAGUUUUUUAUGUGACUCCUUUUUUUUCUAUGAAAUAAAAAUAAUGUGUCUGUAUCUACUGGGAGGCAGCAGCCUCUGUGACUACUAAUGGGAUCCUUAGCUGCUGAUGACAAGAAUGAGGAAAGACAGAUAGGUAUGAAAAUCAGGAAGAGAAAUUCUUACCGCUGGGGGCCUCCCUAGGAGGGUCAAACUUUGUUCAGUUGUUGUCAUUCAUGUGAUUUGUAUCCUGAUCUGCUCUUGAUACAUUUAGAUACAUUUGGAACUGGCCGAGCAGCUAUAUUCAAAAAAUGUCGAUUAAUGGUUUGUUGUGAACCUGCAUGGAGAUUUGUCAUGACGUGCCACAGUGCCAGUGCUUUGGGUGAAGACAUUGAUGGCAUUCAUUAAAAUGGUAAUAAUGAUAUUUGUUCUGUCUACCUCACAGGAUUAUUGUAAAAAAAAUGCUUUGUAAACAAA